GGUGAUAUGAGUGGUGGGGAUGGUGGCCGAGGCGGUUCAGUUCUAUGAGUGUUGCUGCUCUUCUCUGCCACCGGACAGUGUCAUCUUAACGGCAGAAUUGCUGGGAAGAGGUGCGGGGCGCACGUGUUUUCGUAGCCGGGAUCUCGCGGUGGCCAGAAGACGGCGACUUGCUUUGUGCCGGCGGGAGUCUGCUCCUACUUUCCCGUCCGGUCCUAAUCUCACCUCUGCUUUUUAGUCAAGCAGCUGGGGCCGUUAGUAAUCCUCUGGUAGUGGGAGGAGAUCCUUCGAAGUGCUAAUCCUGCAGUCAUACUUGCCUGGGAGUAAUUUCGGAACAGGAAUAUGGCUGUUAUGGUACAUCCAAGGAUUUAUAGCAUAGAUUUUCUCUGCUGUAUUAUCCUUGCUACCUCCAUUAUCUCUUUAGCAGAGGAUCACGUGGAUGGAAGCCAUCAGCCCAGCAUGCAUCUUGAUAAGAACAUGGUACAAGACAAAGACCACAUAAUGGAACAUUUAGAUGGUGUUGUUGACAAACCAGAAGCUGAGAUGUCACCACAAGAACUGCAACUUCAUUAUUUUAAAAUGCAUGAUUACGAUGGUAACAGCUUGCUUGAUGGUCUUGAGCUUGCCACUGCAAUAUCACAUGUACACAGACAGGGUGAUGGUGAACGUGUUCAGACAAUAAAAGAAGAGGAACUGAUUACUUUGAUAGAUGGUGUUUUGCACGAUGAUGAUAAGAAUAAUGAUGGGUAUAUCGACUACGCUGAAUUUGCAAAGUCAAUGGAAUAAAAACAAUCUUCAGUUUUCAUGUGCCCAGUUCAAUGUGAUUCUUAUUAUAAAGUAGUAGGUGUGUUCUGCCUUUGAGCUGCAAAGUUAAUAGUAGGCUGGUACAUGUCGCCAUCAGAAUGGCUACACCUGUAUUGUUACAUGUUGGAAAGUAAAAAUAAGUUUGUAAUGGAAACUGUUGUCUGCUGUGUUGUCGAUAACAAAUCACGUUGAGCAAUAUAAUGCCUUGGGAGCAGAUUAUUUGGCAGUCAUCAGCCAUUUGCCUUAAAAGGCAAAACCUAUACUUUAAUCAGUAUUUAUGUUUGUGUUUUUUCACUCUCCGUACAAAAUUAAGUAGAUAUGAAACCAGAAAAAGUUACCAUUCUUUGAGUAUCUGUAGAAGAUAAUAAAAAAUGAAGUACUAAGUGAAAUAUUCAUUAAAAUCAUUGUGAACAUAAAUGUCUGUCUCAGUGGUCUUCCCUUGUAUCAGUAUUUCUCUGCAUUUUAAUCUGCCCACUUGGGUAUAUUUGUUAACAGUAUUUCUAAAAAUGUAGAUUAAAUGCCAAUGUUCACCUGUAUCCUUUAUCAAAACCUGUUCCAGUACUAGCUAACUAAAUUUUUGUAACCAUGGAAAAAUAGCUGCCUGGUUAAAGGUUUCUGCCAGUGUACCUUAACACAAAUACUUAGUGUUAAGUAUGAAUGAUUAUUUUGUCUUAAAAUUAACUCUUUGAAGAGAAUGCUUAAAUAUUUGAAUGGUCUACUUAUUUAAAAAAAUUCUGGAGCUUUCAGCAACCUUUGGUUCUAUAUCAUUCAGUAAUAUCCUAUAAUUUAAAAUAAUAUAACUCUGCCUUAUUUUAUAAAUUUAAUUGGUUAAAUACUAUGUGCAUUCCAAACUGUUGUAUUUCACAAGCUGAAAACACAUAGGGGGCAUUCUUUAAAUUGUACAAAGAUCUAUUUUCUGUAAAGAAAUAUUCUUAUAUUCUGUAAUAAUUGCAUUUUGUUAAUUAUGUAAUAAAAUCUGUUAUAUGACUGCAACAUCUAAAUUA